AUGUCUGCUGUCAACACAACAAAAGAAUUUAUUCUGACUGGAUUAUCAGGAAUUGAGAGCUACCAGGCAUGGAUUUCUAUUCCAUUUUGUGCCAUGUAUGUUUUAGCUGUUUUAGGUAAUGUCCUGAUCAUCUAUAUUGUGAAGGUUAAUCACAGUCUGCAUAAUCCUAUGUAUGUUUUACUUGCAGCUCUGUCACUUGUGGAUCUUGCUAUGAGCAGUUUAACCAUACAAAUUUUAAAGAUAUUUUGGUUUAAUCAGAGAGCUAUUGCUUUUGAAGCCUGCUUGUUUCAGAUGUUCUGUGUUCACUUUUUAUCAUCACUAGAAUCUUCAAUACUUUCUAUUAUGGCUUAUGUCAGAUAUGUUGCUAUUUACAAUCCCUUGCGAUAUAUGUCAAUUUUAUCAUACAGAUUUUUAGCUAAACUAAUUAUAUCUCAUUUUCUAAAAGAUCUUAUCUUAAUAGGCUUAUCUUCUUGUGCCACCAGUCUUGAAUCCUCUUGUUUAUGCCAUAAGAACCAAGGAAAUCCGUCAUACAUUUUUGAGAAUAUAUGCACUAAUAUAACAGAUGAAGCAAUGCUUGAAAAUAGAACAUUUCAUAAAGAUCAGCGGAUAAAGUAUUACUCUUAUUUAAAAUAUAAAACAAACAGCAUGUCUGCUGUCAACACCUCUUAUUUACACCCUAAACAAUUUAUUCUGACUGGAUUAUCAGGAAUUGAGAGCUACCAGACUUGGAUCUCUAUUCCAUUUUGUGCCAUGUAUGUUUUAGCUCUUGUAGCUAAUGUCUUGAUCAUCUAUAUCGUAAAUAUUAAUCAUACUCUGCAUAAUCCUAUGUAUGUUUUACUUGCAUCCCUAUCAUUUGUGGAUCUUGCUAUGAGCAGUUUAACCACACAGAUUUUAAAGAUAUUUUGGCUCAAUGACAGAGCUAUUGCUUUUGAAGCCUGUUUGUUUCAGAUGUUCUGUGUUCACUUUUUUUCAUCAUUAGAAUCUUCAAUACUUGCCAUUAUGGCUUAUGACAGAUAUGUUGCUAUAUACAAUCCAUUACGUUAUAUGUCAAUAUUAUCAUACAGAUUUUUAGCUAAACUGAUUCUAUCUCUUUUUCUAAGAAAUCUUAUCUUAACAGGCUUGUUUCCAGUCUUAGCCUUCAGAUUGCCUUUCUGUUCUAAUGUCAUACCACAUUGUUACUGUGAUCAUAUGGGAAUUUUAAAAUUAGCAUGUACUGAUAUAUCUGUCAAUAAUUAUUUUGGCCUUUUUGCAAUAUCUUUUAUAUCUGGAUUGGAUGUUAUAUUCAUUAUAUUUAGCUAUUUAUUGAUUCUGAGAUCUGUUCUGAAGGUUGGCUCAAAGGAGGCAUUUCUUAAAGCAGUAAACACUUGUGGUUCUCAUUUAUUUGUAAUUUUGUAUUUUUAUACAACCUUCCUAUUUAGUGUUUUAGUUUAUCGGACUGGCAUGAAGGUUCUCCCUGAAAUUCAUAUUGUGUUUGCUGUUUUAUAUCUUCUUGUGCCACCAGUCUUGAAUCCUGUUGUUUAUGCCGUCAGAACCAAGGAAAUCCGUAAUGCAUUUUUAAAAAUUGUUUUGAGUAAAAAAAAUAACUCCAUCAAACAGUCAGCACGGUGUUAAAGUAUUUAUUUGCUUAAUAAUGCUACAUUUUUAAUCCCUAUCACCCAGCAACUAUUACAACUAUUACCUGGAACAGUGGAAAAGACAAUUCAGCAAAUUAAUUAAUGGAUGAACUUUUAAAUUUA